UGAUCUGAGGAGAAGGAGGAGGGUCGGUGUCUCCAGACUCAUGCUGGGCUGCUUUCUUCUGGAUGAAGCCAAAUGGGGGUUUAGAUCUCCAGCUGCCACCCCAAAAGGAGACCCAUGCACGCCCGUUUGAGUCUUCAUUAUGUCCCCAGCUGCACCGGCCACUGAAAGCUGCACCACCACAGUCCCAGAUGUGGAGGCUGACAGCCCCAGGGAGGAGCAAAAACCUCAGAAACAGUCUCUGACCAAAUCCUUGUGUCAGGAAACCCAUUGGAAAUGCCUUCUACUGUCCCUGCUGAUGUACAGCUGCGUCGGGGUCACAGUGUGGUGCCAGGUGACCAAGGUAACCCACCUUUCCUUUGACAGCGCUUACAAAGGAAAGUCCAUGAUUUACAGCGACAGCCCCUGCUCCAAUGGCUACAUCUACAUCCCCCUGGCCUUCCUGGUCAUGCUCUACGUGGUCUACUUGGUGGAGUGCUGGCACUGCUACGCCAGGAACGAGCUGCAGUACAAAGUGGAUUUGGAGACGGUGGCGGAGCGCAUCCAGCGAAUGCAGCAGGCUACACCCUGCAUCUGGUGGAAGGCCAUAAGCUACCACUACGUCAGGAGGACACGGCACGUGACGCGGUACCGCAACGGAGAUGCCUACACCUCCACUCAAGUCUACCACGAGAGAGUGAACAUGCAUGUCGCCGAGGCGGAGUUUGACUACGGAAACUGUGGCGUUAAGGACGUCUCAAAGAUCCUGUUGGGUCUGGAAGGCUUCCCAAUCACCAGGGUGAGGUUCACUAAGUGCUUCAGCUUUGCUAACGUGGAGUCGGAAAACUCCUACCUUACCCAGCGAGCCAGGUUCUUCACAGAAAACGAGGGUCUGGACGAUUACAUGGAGGCCCGUGAGGGGAUGCACCUAAAGAAUGUAGACUUUAAGGAGUACAUGGUGGUCUUCUCGGAUCCUAACCACCCUCCUUGGUAUGCGUCCAACUCCAUUUUCUGGGUGGCAGCUGCCUUCACCCUGUCCUGGCCUUUGCGGGUGCUGACGGAGUACUGUACCGCCUGCGUGCACUACCACGUGGAGAAGCUGUUUGGUUUCGACUAUGUGCCAGUAACGCCAUCUGAGGAGCGUCCAUACUGCACCCACAUCCCUCGAGUCAACACCAUUGACAGUACCGAGCUCGAGUGGCACAUUCGCUCCAACCAGCAGCUGGUGCCCAGCUACUCAGAGGCGGUUCUUAUGGAUUUGGCUCAACUCUCUGGGGGCUGCAACAGCUAUUCCAUAUGCGGAGGUUCUGGUAGCUACAGGCAGAACUGCGAACGCUGCCACCGUGCCAUCAGCAGCUCCUCCAUCUUCUCCCGCAGCGCCCUCAGCAUCUGCAACAACAGCCCCCGCAUCCCCUUCAGCAGCAGCCGCUUCUCCCUGAGCCGGGUGUACGGCUCUAGGCGGAGCUGCCUGUGGAGGAGCAGCGGGAGCCUGAACGAGCAGUCCGGCCCCAGCGAGAGCACCCGCUGCCUGUCGGGCCAGCAGAGCGGCGAGGAGAACCCUCCCGCCUAUCAGGACGCUUUGUGCUUCCCGGUUCUGAUCGUACACCGCAACGAAGGAUGCCUCAACCACGACCACCGCUCGCUGCACAGAAAUGGCUCCUGUGUGGAGACGUCACUGUGAGCUACAACACUCCAUGAAAUCAACUUCUUCAGAAGCAACUAGGGUUUAAUCAGCGAAAAAGUUCAUUCUGAUCAUCUCCCGUCUUUAAUGAAAAUGAAAAAAAAGUCAUUUUUAAGGACAUAGUUUCUGCAGAGCGGCAGUAGUCCAUUAGAAAUCUGUCCCUCCUUCUUGAUGAGAGCUCUCUGUCUAUAUUGUCUGUUUUACAUUUAAAUUAGAGCUCGACGAGGAAAACAAAGAUGUACAUGGAUCUAGUCGUCUGCAAGCGGAUGCAUCCGAAAGGGGCGGAGCAUA